CCCCCCCGGGGCCGGGCGCUGCGGGCGGCGGCGGCGGCGGGGGGCUGCGGGCCGGGGCUCGCCGCGCCCCUCCGGCCCCCCGGGAGCCGGGGGGAGGCUGCGGGGAGGCCCCCGAUGGGUGGUUCUCUGCGGGAAGCGCUGCCCCGUGGCCUCUUGGUAGCCGCGAGCCCCGGGGCGAGCACCUCGUCGCGGUGAAGGGUCGCGGCUCCUCGCCAUGGACACUCUGAAAACCACCUACAUCGUGCUGGAGCUCAUCAUCGCCGUGCUGUCCAUCGCCGGCAACGUGCUCGUGUGCUGGGCCGUGGCCAUCAACAGCACGUUGAAGAACGCCACCAACUAUUUCCUGGUGUCGCUGGCCGUGGCCGAUAUCGCCGUGGGCUUGCUGGCCAUCCCCUUCGCCAUCACCAUCAGCAUCGGCUUCCAGGUGGAUUUUCACAGCUGCCUCUUCUUCGCCUGCUUCGUGCUGGUGCUGACCCAAAGCUCCAUCUUCAGCUUGCUGGCGGUGGCCAUCGACAGAUACCUGGCCAUCAAGAUCCCGCUGAGGUAUAACAGUCUGGUGACUGGGAAGAGGGCAAGAGGCCUCAUCGCUGUGCUGUGGCUCCUGUCCUUCGCAAUCGGGCUGACUCCGCUUAUGGGCUGGAAUAAAGCCAUGAGCGGUUGUCCCAACUCCACCAACGAGACGGGGCCUGACUCCGGGGCAGAACACCAUGGCUGCUUCAUCUCGUGCCUCUUUGAGAACGUGGUGACUAUGAGCUACAUGGUGUACUUCAACUUCUUUGGCUGCGUGCUGCUUCCACUCGUCAUCAUGCUGGGAAUCUACAUUAAGAUAUUUAUUGUUGCCUGCAAACAGCUGCAUCAGAUCGAGCUGAUGGGCAACUCCCGGACCACACUGCAGAAGGAGGUCCACGCAGCCAAGUCUCUGGCCAUCAUUGUGGGACUUUUUGCCUUCUGUUGGCUGCCCCUGCAUAUCUUGAACUGCAUCACUCACUUCCAUGAGGAGUUCUCCAAAUCCAAGCCCGAGUGGGUGAUGUACAUGGCCAUCAUCCUCUCGCAUGCCAACUCUGUCAUCAACCCCAUCAUCUAUGCCUACAGGAUCAGGGACUUCCGCUACACCUUCCGCAAAAUCAUUUCCAAGAUCCUCUGUAAGACGGACGACUUCCCCAAGUGCACCACUGACAACAAGCAGCACCUGACUGUCACCAACGCUAACACUCCAGCAGCCCCUGGGACCCUCUGACCUUGCACAGCCUGCUCCCGGGGCGUUGCAGCCUGUCCCCAACACUACUCCUCCCUGUGCCUAUGUGACAGUUACAGCCAGCUCCUCCGGGAGUGCUCACAAAUGACCACUAUGCAGUUACGCAGCUGUAUUUUUUUAUUUUUGUAAUUAACAUAGUGCCUCCUAGAGGGAUAACCUGACUGGGGAGACUGAGUGCAGUUCACCCUCCACUGUAAAGCCAGGUUGCGUGAGCGCUGCUGAUCGCGUUGUACUUCCUUUCCAGGUCAGACACUGACUGUGGAGGACCCACCUGCUGGGGGUGUUUCCCCGAUUGUGCUGCUCAUGUCAAGUCCUCGGAUUUUUAUUUUAAUUAUUUUUAUUAUUUUUUAAUCUCUUUAUUGUUAUAGGAGUAAUAAUGUUGUGUUUUGGGGUUGUUCAUACUUGACAGCACUUUGGUAAUACCCUAAUUAUUCCAUCAAUUGUUUGAUGCAGCUAGUAUUCUCCGAUGGGAAAAAGUCUUUCUUAGCCCAGUUGCUGGUGUGAAACUGAAUCCGUGUUCCAGGCUCUGAGAGAUGCGGCUGUGCUGAUGGGGAAACAAGAUCAGACCUGGCCAUGUAUUCCGGUCCCAUUAUCGAAGCACUACUUACUAAAAGAGAAAACUUUAGAAAAAGGGUUGACUGAAGCUGUAGAACAGCACUUUUAUUGCCUUUAAAUGACUUUGUUCUACAAGACAUACUAGCUUGUGCAGCCCAACGCUUCAGGUUUUAUUUCAAAUCUGUUUCCUGCUAUCAAAAUGCAGAAGGCAGAUGUGCCCUGGCCGUCAUGGUCCAAACUCUCCAAGAGCUGUGGCAACACUCCCCCCCAACCCCCCCCUUUAUAUUUUUUUUUUUUGCUUCCACAUCAAAACUUGACAGACUUGCAGUGUUUCAGAAGCGCAGGUUUUAGCUGUGAUAGCUGGGUACUGCGGCUCGCCUGAUUCCUAAAAGCCCCAGAAGCUGUGAGUGCUCUAAUUGUCAUUUUUCAUUUUUUUAUUUUUUAAUCUUGACCUGCAUCAGUAGCAGAAGAGACUGGAAGGGAACUAACUUGCUUGAGAGAAUGCUUUGACUCGCGGCCUGGUGUUGGCCAGGCUCUGUGGGGCCGGAGCUGGCCUGGCACUGCGGGGCCCUGACGCUGCAGCCAGCCGCAGAGCCCCGGCCUGCCAGAGCGCGAGGCCCUCAGCAGCAGAGCGGUCUUAGUCUGGGCUGGAAGUUAAUAACGCUGCAGCCACAGCUCAGUAAUUACUGCAGCUGAUUUAAUAUGUAACUGUGGUACACAAAGCUACACAAAGGUGGGAAGAAGAGCGCCGUAUUUUCUAAAGUACCAGCGCCACGUCUCCAGAUUGCUGCCAGCAACCCGGUGUUUCUGGGAGGCCUUUUAUUUAGCGGGGCAUUUCCAUUCCACAACAGAGGAAUGGGGUGAGGAAAGGAGUCAGAAAUCACCAAACAGGAGCUGGAGUUUUCAGUGGUAACCCAGAACACCAGCCUUCCUCAGCCAUGCAGGGAGCCAGAGGUGGGGAGCAGCCCUUUCAGAGCCAGGUGACAGGGAAGGAAAUUUAAACACAUCCAGUUCCUGAAGAACAGGCCCAGUGGACGGACUGUGAUGCCUGGAGCAGUUUGUCCCUGAUAAACUGUACUUGAAUCAUACAGAAAGUGGCUAUUUUUUCAACUGUGUUGCACUAGAAGGAGGGAGGGGGCAAUAUAAGACCCAAGUUCCAUUUCUCUGGCAUACAUGGAUGACAAAUACCGCCUCAAAUCAGCUGAAAAGCAGCUCUGAAAAUCUGAUCUGAAGAAAUCCUGCUCCUGCAGCAUCUGCAGUGACAGCUGCGUGACCUGCAGGCUGCAGGUAUGCCCUAGGGCCCACCACGCACACAGGUUGCUGGAAGUGGUGGGUUUCACUACCGUGUGCAGCAGCUGAGCCGUUAUAGCCAGACCCAGGCCUUGGUGAAGCACCGGUGAGCUCCGGUGGGGUUAGAAGCUCUGGUGGGGUUAGCACAUGCUUAGGCAAUGCCCAAGUUCAGCCACAGCUCGGUAUCGCAGAUCCUGGCACUUCCAAGAUGAAUCUGAACAAAGUUACUGUCCAGAGGGUUUCUCCUUUAACAUCCCCACUCAGCUUUGCUGCAUCUGCCUUGGUCAUGGUCCAGCUAACACAUGUAGCCGCCUCCCACCAUUUAGGCAGGGUUUGGCUCUCCUUUCAUUCCUUCCCUUCUGUAUUAUCUUUGGCCAUGUUCCUUCUGUUAAUCGUGGCUGGAAACAAGCAGGGUUUCACCUGCAGGUCUGGCAGUGUUGCAAAGUGGUUGCAAGCCACAUUUAUCCUUACAACAAAGAACGCAAUCCCUCGCCUCCUGCUCGCCGAAAAUGAACCGAACUCUGGACAGCUCAGAACAGACUGAAGUGCACAGCACCGCCACACAAAGAGCUGGUCCCAGAGCACUCACCUGUGUGUGACAGCACUGCAGAGCAGCAUCCACUACUGCUACCUUCCAUAUGCCUCUCAUGAGCCAGAAUUCCUCUAUACAGACAAGGCAUUUCCUUUGUGUGAACGUGCCAUCAGAUCGUUAGCCGGUAACUAUGACCUGGGUCACCGUGGCAUUUAGGCACAUUAAGUGCCUUCGUGGAUCUGAGCCAAAGUCAUUUCAAGGCAAAAUAAAACUAGGACACCCUCUCACCCCUCCUCAAAAAAAAGCUCUGAAAGUUUCUAUAAAAAUGUGAAGUGAAAAUGGCAGAGGAACUUUCUGUAGAGUGCAGCUGGGGAUGUUCAGCUGUCACUCAUUACUGCUCUGAUGUACAUAGGAUGGAUGUGUUUUCCUCAUGUUGCUCAGAUUUUGUAUUAACUUUUUGUUAUUUACGUACAAAAUGCUUAAUUUACCACCUACACAACCUG